AUCCUUGAGUUGCCGUGACUCUUGGUGCCCCAUUCUUGGGAUCUGGCAGAAUUUGCUGAAUCCUGCAUGCUGCUUCAUGCAGACACACGUUCUGGGUCAUGAAACUUAAUCCACAGCAAGCUCCAUUGUAUGGUGACAGCAUAAUCACCAUAUUGCUUACUGAAGAUGAUCAUGUUGAAAGUGACGAUGUGAUUUUUUACCUCGUUUUCACUGGAUCUGCCCUUCAACAUUGCACCAGCACUAGGAAGCUUGAUUCAGGGAGGUUGGAAACCGUUGCUCCAGGUCACGACUGUUGUGAAACCGUGAAAGUCUCUCUCUGUGCCACCAAGCAAGGUCACCCACUUCUGGUGGUGGCGGAAGACAGCUUGCAGUUCGUCCAGGAUGAAGCUUAUGACGCGGCGCAAUUCCUGGCAUCAUGCGCUGGAAACCAGCAAGCGUUAAACUUUACACGUUUCCUGGACCGUUCCAGGCCACCCGCCGGGGACUUAGAUUUUCUGGAUGAGAAAGUAACUUUGGCGUUUCGUCACCUGAAGCUGCCGACCGAGUGGAACGUGUUGGGAACGGACCACAGUCUCAAUGGAAUGUGAAUGAAGACCAUUGUCCAGGGAAGACCUGUGAGGACUGUGAUUUGGGUGCUGUGCCUGAAGAUGUUGAAGCUGCUGCAGAACAUGGGUUGGAUGUAUUGAUGGUUGAAGCCACUGAACCAGUGUCUUCUGAUCCUCUAGAGAUCUCGCCCCCUGUUUGCCUUGGGGAGGAAGGCACCUCCCAGCAACCAGAAGAGCUUUUAGGCGCAUCACAAGAGGAAAUGCAGAACCAAAGGACUUCCUGUGAGGGCGAAACAUUGCCACACAAAGAGGAAGGGGAGUGUUUAUCCUCUGUUGGAGACUCUGUUGAGACAGCGUUGGAAGGACAUGAUAGCAAGAGGACCUUCUGUGAUGCUGCUGGCCUCCCCUCCUUUGGAAGUGCCAACAAGGAAGCUGGAAUGAGCUCUUCUGGUCAUACUUUGGAACAAGGGAGCUUACGUGAAGAAAAUAAUCUCUUCCAGGAAGUGCAGCUGGAUGAAUCAGGAAUAACUGAAAAUACACCCCCAGCCUCCUGCGAGGACACUAAUGUAAAUAUGGGACAAGGAGAAUGCAAGAGCUGCACAGGGGGCAUAGAUGUUAAUGUGACGUCCCAACCAUAUAUGGAAAAGGGGGACAUUGAUGUGGAGCCCUCCGGGACAACGGCUAUGGAAGUGGUGCCAUUAUUUGUUGCAUCACAAAUCAAUCCUGCUGCCUUCUUCCUUGGUGACCCUACAGUUGCCUGUAAAGACGAGAAUGAGCCAAUGUUAGUGCCAGAUGGUCUUGUAGAUGUGGUUGCUACUACAGAUGUUAGUUCUGUUGACAAUGGAAGGGACAAAGAGACUGGGGCAGAAAAUCGUAUCAACAGUGGACCAAAAAACACUACCGCAAAACAGUCAGAGGAGCCAGAGAAGAAGGAGAAGGAGAACAUUGCUCCAAACCCUGGAAUAGAACCAUUGUCCAAAAACCUUGAAGACAUCUCUGGCUUUUCUCUGGAGCAUCAUUCUGUGAUGGAAGUGAAUGAUCAAGAUGCAGAGAAGGCUACUGAAAACAGUGCUUUGGAUUUGAGCAACAAAGGGCUGAGUGGUCCUCUAGAUGGCAACGUUGGAAACCCCAGGACGAGCCCAACAUGUGUGCAGUCCCAGGCUGCCUGUAGUGCAACUGAUAUCCCAGAGACCACAGCUACAGAGCAGAGUGAGCAAAAAGUAGUUGACCUGACACCAUUAGAGACUGAAGGAAAUGCCGAUCCUACCAUGGUUGGUCAGGAGUUUCUUGUUGCACACCUGGAUGAGAAACUGGACUUUGGCAAAGACCAAAAGUUCAGUUCCUCUGGACUGCAGAUGCACACAGAUCCAGUUGAUGGCCCUGCAUCACCUCCAGAUGCCCUCAACUCUCUUAUGCUGCCCUCUGAUCUUGAGAAGCCUCUUUGUGGGCCAGCAGAGAGAAUAGGAAGCAUAGAGGAACUGGAUCAAUCUGGCGAAAGCCUCCAAAAACGCAUAGCUCUGACAUCAGCCUUGCUGGUGGAGAAAGCUAUUCAGGAAGCUCAGUUGAUGGUUACGCAGAAGGACAAUGCUAGAGCAGCCUCUGUUGGCCAGGAAGCUCCUUCGCCGUUGGAGAGCCUUGCCCUGUCUUUGUCUGGUGAGGGCACCCAAUGUAGUCAGGAGCAUUUCAUGGGCACACCCUCUGCUGCUCUGAAUCAAAGCUCCAAACAAAACCAGGAAGUAGGAGCAGCAAUAACAGCAGAGGCAGCAGAAGCAGCGGAGCAGCUGACUGGAGUGGCUGAACAGGGAAGCCCAGAGCAGGGUGAUCUGGCAGCCCCGUCUCUUGCUCUGGUGGUUGGCUGGGAAGAAGGCAAGGAGCACAGCUCUUCACAGCUGCCUGAAGGCGAGAAGGAACUGCUUGGCAAGACAGAGGAGAGUUUCCCUCCAGGAGCCCUUGUGCAAUCGCCUCCUUGUGAUCUGGGUGAAGAGCAGCCGGUGGAUGGGAGCAAUGCUGAGCCCGGCUUAAAGGAGAAAGCCUCCAGUCUGGAACAUGAGGAGCAAGUAAAGGUAGAGGUGGCCAGAGAUGUUCCUCCAGAGCCUUCUCUAUGCGACAGGGAGACUCCUUCCCCUGAGAUCAUGCUGAACGCAAGACUUGAACUUGGUCCAGCUGGACCGGCAGCCUCCUCUCCAGCUGGCAGCACUUUGGAUGAGAUCGAAGCUCCUCUGACGGCUCUUGAACUAUCCAUGGAAACUGGCCUUUCACAGCAUGGAGAGGAGGGGGAAGUGGAAAACACCCCUUCCCGAAUAUUACUUCAGCCAAUUGCUGAAGAGCCCCUUUGUGACUGUGAUUCUGGUCCCGAAACGCCUUCGUUGGCUUGUGAAAUGGACGUUACGAAGCCAGGAGAGUCGGAAGAAGGGAACAGGAGGAGGACUAGCCAAGAGGAACCGGAAUCCCUUCCCUUGCCUCUCUGCCCUCUUCCUGCAGCCGAGCAGUUGGACAAAGUUGGAACGAAAGAAUCUGCUCAGGAACCUGAUCCUCUAUUGGAUAAUGCUGACCCAACGCCUGGUCAAGUGAUAUUGCCAGCAGAAGCACAUGUCCCUCUGGAAUCUCUCGCUGGAAAUCCCGUGGAAGUCCCCUGCUCGGUGGAAGCCAGCUCAGACCCUGGUUCUCUCCGUAAUGGAGUGAAAGAGGAGUUGCCUUUACAGCCUGGUAGCAAAAUGAACCCUGCAACGUUGGAACUAACCGGCUCUUCACCUGUUGCAGAAAAGAAGCCAAUGAACCAGAUUCCUGGAGCACCUUGUCGCAUAUGGUACAUUCUGGGGACUCCUGCAUCAAGUACCACCAAGGCUUAA